AUGCAUUACAAUGCCCAGAGUACACAGAUCAAAUUGGGACAAAUCAACAGUAACAACAAAAGAAUGUGCAAACGUCCCAUUGCCAACAGCUGUCAGGCUCUUUCCGAAGGGGCUGCUGCGGUGCCAGGCGAACCUGUCCGCUCACGGCCCGCUGCACGCCCGGCCCUACAGACACCCUGGGCACCCAGGGGCCAAGCGGGGUGUCCCCUCCACAGCACCCGCACCGCACGUCCCCGCACGUCCCCGCACGUCCCCGCGCCCACUGCCAGCCCCCUCAGCCCCAGCCAAGGCCCCGCUGCCCCUCAGCCGCCCCAUGCCCACUCUCACCUCCCCGCUCGCUGCCGGGCCCUCAGCCCUUCACCGCCCCCGCCUCGGCACGUGCUAACAACGCGGGCUCCCAUUGGGCCGCCGUUCCCCGCGCCGCUCCCCCAUUGGCGGAGCGGGAGCCCGGCCCUCCCGGCGCGCUCGGCCGCGCUGCUGCCCGGCCCCGACAUGGCGGCGGCCGGCGGGGUGCGGGGCCGCACCAGCUUCCAGCGCAGACCCGGGGCCGGCCCGCGGCCGCCCGCCCUCCCGGGCACUCGGCCCUCGGUGCGCCACGGGCAGCUGCUGCUCUCCAGCGGGCUGCCCUCCCUGGACUGUGUGCUAGGUGGAGGCGUAGCUGUUGGAACCCUUCUCCUUAUUGAGGAGGAUAAAUUUGGCCUUUACUCCAAUUUGGUGUUCAAGUAUUUUCUCGCAGAGGGAAUUGUCUGUGGACAUGACCUGUUUGUUGCUUCUGCCAAAGAGCAUCCUGACAACAUUUUGAAGGAACUUCCAGCCCCUUUGCUUGAUGAUACCUAUGGGAAGGAAUUGGGAGAUGAAGCAGCAGCUGUUAAGUCUGAGGAUUUUCAGGAUUCUAUGAAAAUAGCCUGGCGCUACCAAAACUUACCAAAAAUGGAGGCCAGCCCAACAACCUCUACAAAGUUUGGCCAUUAUUACGAUAUUUCUAAAAAAAUGUCUCCAGAACUGUGUCAGUCUGUAAAAUGGCACAGUUUUUACCUACAUGAGGAAUUGUCUUUCGAGCCUAAAAUGAAAGCAUGGAACAUGAACAGUGGUUAUUCGAGGCUGCUUCAGUCCAUUCAGAGAAUCAUUUCCCAGGGAGGCUUUGAUGGCUCAGAUCCCCAGAAGAAGCCAAGGAAUGUUUUGCGGAUAGGAAUCCAGAGCCUGGGCUCUGUACUGUGGGGUGAUGAUGUUUGUUGCAGUGAUCCUCCUGCAGAUCCUCACAGCCUGACAAAAUUUCUGUAUGUUCUCCGUGGCCUGCUCAGGAAGUCUCUGUCAGCCUGCAUCAUCACAGUGCCUGCUCACCUUAUCCAGAAUAAAGCAAUUAUGGAACGUGUAACAAACUUGUCAGAUAUGGUAGUUGGUCUUGAAUCAUUUAUUGGCUCUGAGAGAGAAACCAAUCCAUUGUACAAGGAUUACCAUGGUUUGGUUCAUGUACAUCAGAUUCCUCGGCUUAACAGCUUGAUCUGUGAUGUGUCAGACACGAAGGACCUUGCUUUUAAAUUAAAAAGGAAGCUGUUCACCAUCGAGCGGCUGCAUUUGCCUCCAGCCUUGUCAGACACGGAGAGCAGCGCGAGCAAACCGGAGCUGGCAGGACGCGCCCGAGCGCUGAGCUCGGGAUGUGCCGGGGGCCGGGGGCACCUGGACUUCUGA